UUUUCCAGCCUGUACCAUUUCCGCAUAUCAACCGCACUGCACCAUCAGAGAAUCCAGCGCCUAGGUUGGAACAUAUUCGCCUCCUGGAAGUACGUCUUCGAAAGUCUCUUGAGUUCCGUAUCAAGCACGUCCGCGAGUCAAUGGAACCUUUCGGGAGCUCGGAAACCCAUUCUAGAGUUGCCAUUCUCUUCUCAGGCGGCCUUGACUGCACCAUCUUGGCCCGUCUCAGCCACGACCUUCUUCCUGCUACAGAACCCAUUGACCUUCUCAACGUGGCUUUCGAGAACCCCAGGAUCCACUCGAAAUUGGAAACGGGCGUCUCGCCAUAUGAUCUCUGCCCAGAUCGCUUGACCGGCCGAGCAUCGUACGCCGAGCUGGUCCAGACGUGCCCCAACCGGAUCUGGAGAUUUGUUGAAAUCAAUGUACCCUACCCGGAAACACUGGCACACCGCGAGAAGCUCAUAAAGCUCAUCCAUCCCCACAACACCGAGAUGGAUUUGUCGAUAGCAUAUGCAUUGUACUUUGCUGCAUCACGAGCGGGGCUUGCUGUGAUUGAGCUGGAUUCAUCACUCCAACCCUACACGACAACGGCCCAUGUGUUACUCUCUGGCUUGGGCGCAGAUGAACUCUUUGGAGGCUACCAGAGACACGCCUUAGCCUUCUCCCGGCGCGGCUAUCCAGGCCUCAUUGAUGAACUAGCCCUUGAUUUCCAUCGCCUAGGGAAACGCAACCUGGGCAGAGACGACCGCGUCAUCAGUGACUCUGGAAGAGAAGUCCGGUUUCCGUAUCUUGACGAAGAUUUCAUUGCCCUGGCCCUGGAACUCCCCGUGUGGGCGAAGUGCGACUUUGGCAAUGCCCAAGAAGAUGGCUCGGAGGAUCCAGCGCGAUUUUUGGAGCCUGGUAAACGGAUUCUGAGGAGAAUGGCGUGGGAGCUUGGAAUGAAGCGUGUGGCACAGGAGAAGAAGCGGGCUAUACAAUUCGGUGCUCGAACAGCGAAGAUGGAGACCGGUAGAAGUAAAGGCACACAGCUUCUCUCAUAAUCGCUUCCUGACCUGCUCAGCUGCCUUAUUGGCGAUUGCCUGAAGGCCUAGUGCUGCUUUGACAUAGGCCCAAGACCGUGUCGGCUAGGGAGUGGCCUCUCCCCCUUUGGAGCCUUUAACGGAACACGUG